CCGCAGCAGCAGCAGCAACAACACAUGGGACCGUCGACUAUCAACACGGGCAUUAAUUAAAAUAAUAACUAAUUAAAAUAACACCAGCAGGCGUCCGUGGGACACAAAAAAGAAAGGAUUUCUGAGAUCCAAAUUCCACCAUGGUUUCCAUUGACCAUGUUACUCACAAGAUAUUAACUUAUGUCCCAGUUGUUCUUGUUUUGCUUGAUAUGCGUUAUGACGGGGUGAAAUGUGGCAAGGAUGGCAGCGUGGACAAUCACUUGGAGAUGGGGAAGAAACUGCUUGCUGCUGGCCAGCUGGCUGAUGCUCUCUCUCAUUUCCAUGCUGCUGUGGAUGGCGAUCCCAAGAACUACAUGGCAUACUACCGGAGGGCUACAGUGUUUUUAGCAAUGGGGAAGUCCAAGUCUGCACUCCCAGACUUAAGCAGAGUCGUUGAACUCAAACCAGAUUUCACAUCUGCGCGGCUUCAGAGAGGAAACCUUCUUCUGAAGCAGGGAAAGCUGGAUGACGCGGAGAGUGACUUCAAGAAAGUGCUGAAGUCAAACCCCAGUGACAAAGAACGGAAAGAAGCCGAGAGUCAGCUGGCGAAGUCGGAUGAAAUUCAGCGGUUGGUGGCUCAGUCACGCAGCAGCUUCAAUGGAAAGGAUUAUAUGACAGCUGCUGCCCAGCUUGACAUUAUCAUUGAGACUUGUAUUUUGGAUGUGGCGUCUCGUGAGAUGAGAGCAGAGUGCUUUAUUCAAAUGGGAGAGAUGGGGAAGGCCAUCAGCGACCUCAAAGCUGCGUCUAAAUUGAAGAGUGACAACACGCAGGCGUUCUACAAGCUCAGCACCAUCUACUAUAAUCUUGGAGACCAUGAGAUGUCCCUCAAUGAGGUGCGCGAGUGCCUGAAGCUGGAUCCUGACCACAAGCAGUGUUACGGCCAUUACAAGCAGGUCAAGAAGCUCAACAAACAGAUCCAGUCCGCAGAGGAACUCAUUCAGGAGCAGAGGUACGAAGACGCAGUGAGUAAGUACGAGACAGUGAUGAAGACUGAGCCCAACGUGCCCCACUUCUCACUCCUUGCAAAGCAGCGAAUCUGCCACGCUCUCACACAGAACCAGCAGACGAGUAAAGCCGUCUCGGUGUGCAGCGACGUCCUCCAGUCGGACCCCGAGAACAUUAACGUGCUGAAGGACAGAGCUGAGGCCUACAUACAAGACGAACAGUAUGAAGAAGCUAUUAGAGACUACGAGACUGCGGCAAAACACAGCGAGAAUGACCGUCAGAUCAAAGAAGGCCUGGAAAGAGCUCAGCGACUUCUCAAGCAGUCUCAGAAGAGGGAUUAUUAUAAGAUCCUGGGGGUGAAGAGAACUGCCCAGAAAAAGGAGAUUAUCAAAGCCUACAGGAAGCUGGCACAACAGUGGCACCCAGACAACUUCAUGGAUCCAGAGGAGAAGAAAAAGGCAGAGAAGAGGUUCAUAGACAUCGCUCGGGCUAAAGAGGUCCUCACUGAUCCAGAGAUGAGAACCAAAUUCGACCACGGAGAAGACCCCAUGGAUCCAGAGAGCCAGCAGGGUCACCACGGGCAGCACUUCCACCAGGGCUUCCAGGGCUUCAAUCCUUUCGGCUCCGGGCCUUUUAACUUCAAAUUCAACUUCAACUGAAAAGGUUUCUUAUCCAGCACAGCUGGAGUUGCAUUUUUCUCCCUUCCUUCCCAUUUAAGGGAAGAUUAAGGGAGAUUAUGGCAUCGAAAAUGUCAGUUACAAAGUUUCACACCAAUGUGGACCAAACAGUGACCCCGAUUAACUGACUUCAGUUAAAUAUGCAUCUUUACUGUUGAACUUUUUUCUUUCUUUUUUUUAAAUUCGGACUGGGAAUAGGUCUGUUGCUAUGCCAACAAAUGCCUGCCUUGCAUGAAGCAAACUUCUUAAUCGACAGUGAGUUGUUAAAAUUGAAGCAGUUUCCAUGUAUUGCACACGAGAAAUUGACUUUCAUUCAUAAGAUGAGAAUUGUUAAGACCAUUACUAUUUUUAUAUGAAUGGAAGUUUUCUGAAUUGUAAAUAAAGAGUUAUUUAUGUACAUUACGCUGGAUUUCUGUUGUCGUUAAAGGGUUUAGAUUUGAGGAUGAAUGAAAGAUGAACAUAAUUCACACACAUUUUUUUUAAACAAAGAUUUAUUUUUCAUUUAUUUUUUAAUGUUGAUAUAAACAUUUCUAUUGGAUAGACAUAGGUAAAGGAUUGUGGCCCUGAGAGCCGCGGUCUGCAGCCUUUCACGUAAAAACUGGCUUUAACACUACGGUUGGCUUCAGUCGAGCAGCAACACUCCUCAUUCCUGAGACAAAACUGGUUCUUCAUUGAAUUCAAGUAAUGAAAAAUAAUGAAAAGAAAAAAAAAAAACAGUGAAAUGUAUUUGUAAACAUACUGUAAUAAGUUAAAAUUCUCCACAUGCAGAUAAACCAGGACUUGAAGUGUACAGAUGAGGAUUAUUUGAGUGAUGUGAAGUCCAGUUCAGUCUGACUCAAAGGUCUCACGAGGACGGCUCAGUCUGUCAAACCAACCUUACCAAAUCUGUUUACUUUUCCAGUGGCUUCACACAGACUGUCAGGGCGUUGCAGCCGUGAUCAUAAGCCAAUAAAUGAUGAAGAUUUUAACUCAUUCAUGCUCUUAAAUUACAUCUCAAAACCCUCAAAACAACCACGAUUGUAACAGGACAAUUUACUCAGUAAAGCCAAUGUCUCCGAAACAAAUGUACAAGUCAUGGAAAUUGUAACUUUAGGAAAAAAAAAAAAACAUUAUUGCAUUUGACAUCUUUGAAAGUAACAUGGCUGAGUGAACGUAUUAAAUACGAUAUCCACUUUUGGAAAUAACAAAAACCUACGUUUGGGAGUUGUGACUUAGCUGACGACUUUAUAUUUGUUGUGCUCGUCUUAUUGGUUUUUGCAAAAGCACAACCAAUAAGGUUUGAUGUUUGAA